AUGGAAGCUGAAAUAGAAGAGGAAAUUCAGGUAGAAGCCGCAUCUACAUCUGUUUUUCCUGUUUUUUCAAAGGUAACUGAAAUAAUAAAAUUACAAAUUGAUUAUUACUUAAAAUUGGUUUGCGCUCUUAAAAUAUGCAAUUUACAGGUAACUGUAUCCAAGAAAAAAACAAUUGAAGUUUCUAAUGUGUCCCCGGCUUGUACAACAUCAAAGAGGCCAAUGAACAGACGCAGCAAAGUAUGGACCUACUUUGACGAUAAUAAAGUAUGUGUUAUCCAAGGAUUUUCUUAUCGGAGUGCAGAUCAAACCUCAUCGACCAAGUGCAUGUGGGAUCAUUUGGCCAAAAAACAUGCUGAUGUUGCUCAAGUUAAAGAAGGAGGAAGAAGUGAUUGUCCCAAAGAAAGCAAAUAUGGUAAGAAAUGACUUAUAUUAGCUUAAUGUUGUUGUAUACGUUAAUGUAAUUAUAAAGCUCCUUGUUUGUUUUAUAAUGUCAUGACGUUUCAGAUAUCUGGAUACGUCGUUAAAAAAAACUUCGAAGAUCGUCAGAAAGAGCGUGACCAAUACUUAGUCAAGUUGGUUUUGACUUUACGAUCUCCUCUAUCCUCCUUCAACAACGCCCAACUACAAUCAUUGGCUGAUGCUAAAUUCAUGGACACGAAAGCUUACGGAGUCAAACACUUCACGUAUACUGUAAUUCCAGAGAUGUUGGUGCAAUAUAAAGAUGAGGUUAAGAAGAUUUGCAAAGAUGGUUAUGUUUCAAUAACAUCUGAUGGUUGGUCUCUUAAGGAACAUUCCUUUCAAAGGUAUGGGAUUGUUAACAUUUGAUAAUAGUAAUGUUUAAAGUUAAACCAUUUUAAAUUUAUUUAAACAUUAUUGCUUACAUUUUUUGUUUUAGUGUAACCAUGCAUUUCGUGGACGAAGAGUUUGGCCGACACAACUACGUAAUUGGAUGCCGAGGAUAACAAAGUACAGAAUCAAAGACAUCUGAGAACAUCCUCAUCAAGAUUAACGAUUGUCUUGCUAGCUACGGAAUCAGCACGGAAAGAGUUGUGGCCCUUUUCAGAGACGACGCAGCGAACAUGAGCAAAACAGGGCGGUUAAUGCAAGUCUCAGUUUUAAGUUUUCAAUGUGGAGCUCACCUGCUGAACCUAUGUGUACAACAAGCCCUGGAAGACACGGAUGGAAUAGUCAACGUAAUAUUAAAGAAAGAGCGAGAAUUUGCCAAGAACUCUAAAAGAUCCAAAGAAAAUUUGAAGUUGUUUAAUGAAGCUCACAGUCGUGUUAAUCUGGCUCCGACAAAGAUACCAAAAGAAUGUGUGACUCGAUGGAACUCAACGUAUCUGAUGCUGAAGCAUAUAUAUGAGAAGUUCGAUGUCAUCACCAGAAUCCGAUACUGUCCCUUCAACCAGUCCGAACAUACAGCACUUAAAAUCGUUGUUAAAAUACUAGAAAAGUUCUAUAAAGUGACGUUGAUGUUUUCUGGAGACGAUGAAUGUUGUGCUACACUUCAACCACGCCUCUCAAGUUUGCUUUCAUUUUUGAAAACAAGCAUUGAAAUUCUUAGCAAGAACCCAGCACAUGUUGAAAUUGUGGAAUUUGUUCAAACACUACAUGACAAUUUGGAAUUCAGAAUUGAAGGUUUGGCUUCAAAGGACAUGCUGGCAGCUUCACAGUUAGUGGAUCCACGAUACACUCACCUCUCUACAGAAGAUGACGUUGUCGAUGGAAUGCGAUAUCUUCGACGUUUUAUAAAGGAAACAACAGCUAAUCAACACGUCGCAAGCGGUGGAAAUGAGGUUGAGGGUGAAUUACAGACUGAUGCAGAAAGGAACGAACUUGAAGAUGAUCUGUCGUUUCUUGAUGAACAACUUAGGAUUGAAACUCCCGACAUGAAUUUGCACAUGACUCAAGACAACGAUCUUCAAAUAAGUUUUAUUUUUUAUUUAAUAAUAUGCUAAUUUAAAACUUUAUUAACAAGCUAAUCUAUGUGUUUUAAGAAGAACUAAAUAGCUUCCGGUCAAAGCGCAUCGAGGACAACGCUGACCCCUACAAGUUCUGGAAGGAGAAUCAACAUCGAUUUCCACUAUUGUCAAGCUGCGCGAGAGCAUUGAUGUCAGUACCGCCAACAUCAGUUGCCAGCGAACGAUUCUUCAGUCAAACAACACUCUUAUUCAGCGAUAAUUUAAGGGUAAACUUGGGAAACGACCGAACGGAGCAGAUUCUACUUUUACGAUGCCAAAAGAUAUUGGAUAAAGAAAUACAAGACGAAGUCGCGGCAGAACAAGAAAUCGAAGAAUCACUUGAUGAAUGUAUUGACUAA